UUGCAACUGCGUAUUCAAGCGAACUACUUCACGUAAUCAAGUUUAAACAACGUCAUUAAAAAGACGUUCAGGAAAGAAGCAACUGUCUUGAGCAGCGCUUUCUCUCCUGGCUCCCCCCCUCUCACUCUCCUCUAUCCCUCUUUUCCUCUCACACAUUCACUGUUUCUCUCUCUUUCUUUCUUACUCUCCUUGUUCGUGACGCAUCGUAUCCCCGCAACAUCGGUUCACAGUUACUUCGUGCUGCUUCUAGGUUUAAGCGAAAGGGAAAAUGUCGACGGGCUGGUGGGGUACGUCGUACCAGCAGUGAUUUUUCCUACUAUAUUCCGACGUUCACCACGGAAUAAAGGAAAUUUCGUAUCCUAAACGCCUUCGUGGCACGUUGGAAUCGUCAAGACGUCACUAGAUAUCUUCAGGCGUAAGCUAAAAAGCUCUGAUCUAAGAGAAGAGAUAUUCCAACGGUAGUUUAGGAUCGAGUGAGACUGCCUGCUACUUUUCCCUUUUGCUAGGACCGUGCGCAGGGAGAACAGGAAAGCGUCGUCGAACUAAAGAGGCGUAAAGAAGCCACGGGUGACAUGGCGUCGGCGGUGACGCUGGUAAUGGGAAAGAGCGACUUUAUUGUGGCUGGCAAGUAUCGGUUGUUAAGGAAAAUCGGUUCGGGUUCCUUUGGCGAUAUUUAUCUUGGUAUCAACAUCGCUAAUGGCGAGGAAGUUGCAGUCAAAUUGGAAAACGUGCGUGCCCGCCACCCACAAUUGCUAUAUGAGUCCAAAUUAUACAAAAUAUUGCAUGGUGGUAUAGGGAUACCGCAUAUACGUUGGUAUGGAACCGAACGCGAAUACAAUGUCCUCGUUAUGGAUCUCUUGGGGCCGUCCCUUGAAGAUCUUUUUACUUUUUGCUCACGAAGGUUUACAAUUAAAACAGUUUUAAUGUUGGCGGACCAGAUGAUUGGCAGAAUCGAAUUUGUCCAUUGUAAACACUUUAUUCACAGAGACAUAAAGCCAGAUAAUUUUUUAAUGGGCAUCGGCCGUCAUUGUAACAAGCUAUUUCUCAUAGAUUUUGGACUAGCCAAAAAAUAUAGAGAUAGCCAGUCAAGAAUGCAUAUAGUCUAUCGAGAAGAUAAAAAUUUAACAGGCACAGCAAGGUAUGCAUCUAUCAAUGCUCAUUUAGGCAUUGAACAAAGUCGUCGAGAUGACAUGGAAUCACUUGGAUAUGUACUUAUGUACUUUAAUCGGGGAUCAUUGCCUUGGCAAGGUCUCAAAGCUGCAACUAAAAAACAGAAGUACGAAAAAAUCAGUGAAAAGAAAAUGUCCACGCCUGUAGAAGUUUUAUGCAAGGGAUUUGCUGCCGAAUUUGCGAUGUAUCUAAAUUAUACGCGAGGAUUACGCUUCGAAGAGAGCCCGGAUUAUAUGUAUCUACGUCAACUUUUCCGUAUACUUUUCCGUACGUUAAAUCAUCAAUACGACUAUACAUUUGACUGGACAAUGUUGAAGCAGAAAGUAGCAAGCUCCAGCCUCAAUGUCAAUGGCGGAACAUCUGGAGGUACACACGGUCGAGUUCUUGAAGGCAUUCAAGCGCAAGUACAAGCUGGGGUUCAGCCACCUGCUAAAACUAACGCUCAAACAGGAGCACGUUAAAGCUGUGGCAUUUUACUAUCAUCAACCCCAAUUAUGAUCAGAGGUAUCUCAACCAAGGUGCACAACUUGAUCUAAAUUUUUGUCCGAAGAGUUAAAUCAAGCGGCUCUCUAAGUCCAAAGAGAGAAAGCGAAUGACCGCGAUGGAACUUCGGAGUUUAUAACAGUGGUGAAAUAUAUAGAUUGCACGAUUAUGGAUGAAAAAACAACAAAACAUUACAGUGAUUUAACCCUUUUAGACUUGUUGGUAUUAUGCAUGUAUCAUCAAGUUGAUUUUAUUUAUUCAUUUUGCCUUCAUUUGAUUGCCUUCGCGUAGAAAAUGUAAAAAAAAAAAAGAAAAAAAAGAAAAGAAAAAAGAAAAGAAAAAAAACGAACAAGUAUGCUUUCAAAGGGUUAAGUACUUAGAGUUUUGAUCGAACCAUUUCUCUCUCUUUGAGUUAAGCAUCAAUGCAAAAUUGACUAAACGUGGCUUGUCCCAUUAUUUUGAUAUUUGGUUUAUCAUUGAUUAUCAUUAAAAUAAAGAUAUUGAUUACCCGAAGAUUUUGUUAGAAAGUGCACAUAUAUGAGAAUCCAUUGCGAACUUUUCAAGGAAAGAAGGAGAGAAUAUCUUAUUCUUAUGAGACCACAAUUAAACGAUUGCUAGAGUAAAUCGUAAUAAAAAUUUUGUAUUUACUCUAUAAAUAGAAAACAAAUACAAAAAUGGCCGAAAAUUUAUUUUGCAAAAUCACAAAAGCAUUACUUUGUGUACUGACAAAUAAGUACAGAAAUUGCUUCCUAUAUUUUUUUUUGUUUCCAAUAUGUAAUACGAAUAUAGUGUGAGUGGGCUUUUGCGAGAAAUGUUAAUAUUUUUCUUACCUCAAAUAAUAUGUCAAUAGAAUUGUAUUAAAAUACAUUAAUGUUAAGACAACAAUAGUUGCAUAUUUUCUUGAGAUAUGCUAUACGAUUUCAAUUAGAGGCAAAACAAAAGGAUAUUAACUUUUUCAACAUUUUUAUCGUUUGCUCUCUUUCUUUCUAAUCAUCGGUGUAUUUGACCGAUAACAACAGUGAUAUAUAACGGUAUUACUGUAAAAAAAUGUUAUUUGUUGUAGACUUGUUGCAGAUUUAAUUAUUAGUCUGCGUGGAUAAAAUUAAGGAUAUUAUGUUUGUAAUCAUAUUAUCAAUUUAAUAUCGUUUUCUAGGCAAAGAAGGAGAUUAAGAUGAUUACUUUUUUGCAUAGUUUUAUGUGAAUGAAGCUAUGCAAUUGUAGUUUAUGUUUAUUAUUAUAACAUGAGCUUUUGCAUUGUAUAACUAUACUUUACUAUUGAUGAAAUAGUCUAUCUUCGAAUUGAUCGUUAUCAUUGGUGAGUUCAUAUUUCGGCUUUUUUCAGUUUUCAUAAAAUCGCCUGAUACGAAAUUCUACAAUAUAAAAAAUGGGUUAUUAUAAUUUGAAAAAGGUCGUUAUUACUCUUCUGUUAUUCUUUAUUUCAGAAAUAAGAUUCUGGAUCUUACUAAAAUGUCGCGAUAUUUACAGAUAAUAAUAAAUUCCAAAAUAUUUAUUUAUUAUUGUUUUUUUUUUGUUUAUAUGACCUUAUAUCAUAUGUCAAACAUUAUGAUUUAAUUUUUACAUAUAUAUCCUGACGAUUGCCUUUGACAAAAUUGUAAUCAUAUACCAUCAUUGAUACCCGUGUUAUCGUGUCUUUGAGGUGGAAGAAAAUUUAAAAAAUAGCUAAUAUUAUCGUGACUCGCGAUGCGAAAACAACGUUAGUUACAUAUAUAGAUUAUAUUGUUCCAUUACAAGUGGGAAAUUCUACCAAGAAAAACAUUAAUCAUCAUUAAGUGAGAAUGUGCAUAAUUAUUACUGAAAGAACUAAAUGUGUAUGAUUAAUCAUUAGUGGGAGGUAUAAAUGAAAUGAAUAGUGUGUAUGGUUAUAAAACAAGAAAACGAAUGUGCGAAUGUGUAAGUUAAUAAAUAAAUAAUGAUAUAUGCACUUAUUAAUGUCUCUGGUGUAUAUACAUAUUUGUGCGUGUGUGUAUGCAAUGAAAUUGUGACAGUAACAUUAAGUAAGAUAUACUUUAAUGCAUAACAAUGAGGAAAUACAUUAACAUUACUGCUCCUUUUACCUCUAUAAAUAAAUACUGAAACAUUGUAUUAUA